AUGCUUGAUAAAGAACAGGAAAUCUUUAAUUUCAAGGCUUCGUUAUCGACCAGGAAAUUUUCAUCUUCAACAAGUUCAUCGUCUAUUAAGGAGCAAAUCAAAGCUGAAAGUACAAUCGAGCAUGUUGGAUUACUCAAUGCAGUUGAGGAUUUGUAUGAAGGAAUUAUAGUAGAAAUGAAAGAACCUGUGGACUCUACAGAAUUUAUUCCUUUAAUUAGAGCUUCCAUAGUACAAUGGAGGCAACAGGGGAAGAAGGGUGUAUGGAUCAAAUUGCCUAUUGGUCUUGUUAGUCUUGUUGAACCCAUAGUUAAGGAAGGAUUUAGAUACCAUCAUGCUGAAUCAGACUACUUGAUGCUGGUAUAUUGGAUUCCUGAAACUCCGGAUACUCUUCCAGAAAAUGGUUCGCACCGUCUAGGGAUCGGGGCUUUCGUAUUGAAUACUGAUGGAGAGGUGCUUGUAGUUAAGGAGAAUAGUGGAGGAUUCAAAGGCACAGGAGUAUGGAAGCUACCUACCGGGGUGGUUGAUGAGGGUGAGGAUAUUCUUACAGCUGCAAUUCGAGAAGUUAAGGAAGAGACAGGAGUAAGUAAUCAAUCUGCACUACUUAGGCUAAAAAAUGGGGCAACAUAA